AUGGCACGGGAAGAGUUCAAUAUAGCGACAAACGAAUCGGCAGAAGGAUCAUACAAUGUCCAACAGUGGAACAGCAGUCUGGGCCUGGACGAUGGUGCAACAGAUCGCGCGUAUGCAGAUAAACGCUCUGCAAGACGAAAAGUAGGCUGCGGAUUUAGUGCACUGUGCGUCGGCAUGUUGGUUGCGAUGGUAUUCGCAAUCGUGCUACUAUGUAUCGGGUUUAUAGUGGUGUACGAAAACGAAGGUCAAGUCGUCGCUACGGUUGAUCUUUACACCGAAGAAUUACCUCCAGAGCAAGCUGUUUGGUUUGAAACAAAUAUGGCCGAACUGCGCAACGCUUUCCGUGUAGUGGAAGAGAACAAGAAACGUGCGAAAAAUGUCAUCCUGUUCGUUGCGCUGGACAGUGUAGAUCCGUCCGCUUCGUCGUUUGCGGACCACCCUCGGCCAAUCUGGGAAUCGUUUCCUCACCUUGCGUUGCUUCGUCCAACGACGAUGGAACGCUCAACACGUGCCUCAUUCAAUCCGACCUCCAUGUUCUGCGGCAUUGAAACCGGCUGGCACACGAUCGGGUUUGAUACGGCCGUUAAGCCUUGGGAUGAGUGCGUCAGCAGCACGCCCAACAUUAGCACGCACCAUGCCGCCUCGAUCAUGCAGUGGGCUCAAAGCGUCGGCCGUCGUACUGGGGUGGUAACGAAUGGGGAGAUCGUACAACCGUUCUCAGCCGCAUUGUUUGCGCAUGCGGCCAAUGCUAGCUGGCUGCAUAAUAGUCCAGAUCCAUUGCUAUGCCCGGAUGUACGAUCGCAGCUGCUGCAUGGAGCGGUUGGGAAGCAGCUGAAUGUGAUCGCUGGGACGCUUAAUUGUCCGGACGAAUUUUGCCGGGAAGCGAUCGAAGCGGACUGGGAGAACGAACGUUUGGCGGAAGGAUCCCGCUAUAAAGUAGUGAACGAAUUGAAUGAUCUGUUAGAUCGCAAAUUGAAAGAUGUGGAGUACACGCUCGGGCUAUACGAUGAGCAAACUCUUGCCGAACCAACUGCAUUUUACGAUUUAGUUGUGGGAGCUUUGUCCGUGCUCGAGGGUCCAGAAGGAUUUCUGCUAGUUGUCAUUGCAGAUCCAAAAGUUCAAACCGCUCCAGAGGAAAUCGAUUCUGCAGUGCGAGCCACGCUAAGGAAACUGAGUGGUACGUUGGAUGAUAGUUUAAUCGUGGUGGUACGUUCCGAUGCCAGAGCUGGGGAUGCUGCGUUCGCGACGGUGCACGCCAUUGGACCGAUGUCACACUUGUUGCAUCGGGUGCACAAUCAGACGUUUUUGGCUCACUUCAUCUCGUACGCAGCCCGUAUAGGGCGGUUUAGGGAUGCAGAUCUAACGAAUCUAAUACUACAAAUAAUUUAA